UCCAUAGUUACGGCGCUGCGGAGGCGGCGGCCAUCUUGGCGGCGGAGCGAUGAGCGGGUCGAACCCGAAGGCUGCGGCCGCGGGGUCGGCGGCUGGGCCUGGGGGGCUGGUGGCCGGCAAGGAAGAGAAGAAGAAGGCGGGCGGCGGCGUGCUGAACCGACUCAAGGCGCGGCGGCAGGCGCCCCACCACGCGGCAGAGGACGGCAUCGGGGCGGCGGUCACGGAGCAGGAGCUGCUGGCUCUGGACACCAUCCGGCCCGAGCACGUCCUGCGCCUCAGCAGGGUCACCGAGAAUUAUUUAUGUAAACCCGAAGAUAACAUCUACAGUAUUGAUUUCACCCGUUUCAAAAUUCGAGACUUGGAGACAGGGACAGUGCUCUUUGAGAUUGCCAAACCCUGUGUUUCAGACCAAGAGGAGGAGGACGACGACGAAGGUGGAGACGUGGAUAUCAGUGCAGGACGUUUUGUCCGCUAUCAGUUCACACCCGCCUUUCUCCGCCUCCGGACAGUCGGAGCAACAGUGGAGUUCACAGUGGGAGACAAACCUGUGUCAAACUUCCGGAUGAUCGAGCGGCACUAUUUCCGGGAACGCUUGCUGAAAAACUUUGACUUCGAUUUCGGCUUCUGCAUCCCCAGCAGUAGGAACACUUGUGAACAUAUCUAUGAGUUUCCCCAGCUUUCUGAGGAUGUCAUUCGUCUGAUGAUUGAAAAUCCCUAUGAGACCCGUUCUGACAGCUUCUACUUUGUUGACAACAAGCUGAUAAUGCACAACAAGGCUGACUAUGCCUAUAAUGGAGGCCAGUGACUGCUGCAGGAGUGGACGGGGAGGUGCUUUGCUGUGGCCCAAGGUCCUGGCACAUGGAGGUGGUUGAACCUGUGUUCGUCCACACACAUCUGGAGCCUGGUCCCGGGAAGCCAAGGCGGGCGUGGUAGUUUCCUGUGCUCAAGAGAGGUGCCAAGCAGUGCUGUGUUUUCUUCCCCAGUAUUUUUUCUUCCCUUUUCCCUGCCCCGUAGGUCACAGAGGUACUAGAGGAUUAGGGUCAGGCUCCUGGAGUCCAGAGAAAAAAGAAAGUCUAUUUUCCUGUUGUCCGAGCUGCCUGCUGGUUGUGCUGAUGAGCCUGGGUCCCUGCAGGCGCAGCUGCGUCGGGGUGAGGGGGCUCUGGCCGGCCGGCUUGCAGCGGCUUCUCCGUAGCUUCCAGGGCACGGUGAGAAGCUGAAAGCCGGGCCUCUUCUAGGCGAUUCCUCCUCUCACUUACAGUGUUGCUGUCGGCAUAGUCUGACCUCAGCUUGUGUGUAGUUCUAAAGCAACUGGAAAGAAAGGGGGGUGGUGGAGGGGUGCCAAGAGUGGGGGCACCGGGGGCCGCUAGGGUUGCCAGACUGAAAGGUCCGUGUUGUGGCGAGGCCUGCUUCUCUGUCUGACUUCCAGGCUCCUCCACCAGCCCUCCUGGGGACACACCAAGGCUGCAGCCUGGCAGUGCCCUCCUGUUGCCAUUUUGGAGGAAGGAUGAGCUUGCUCUGCUUGUCCUCGCUCCUAACUUUUGAGUAUCUCCUGAAAUAGACGGUCAGUUUUGUGCUCUUGGAACAGUAGGAUCUCUCGAGGCCACAGCAGGCCGUGUAUUUUGUGUUGGUUGGUUGGUUGGUUGGUUUCUUUCCUUAGUCUUCUUUCGGGGAGGUUUUCUAAGACGACCAUGGUGUUCCCAGCAUAUGUGAUGUGUGGUUAGACUUCUGAUAGUAUUAAACAGGCGCCUGGGGCUAAUCUGGCUCAUGUUGGGGCCCGGGAUGGUUACGGACCAGCAGCUACUUAAAGGAGGGAUUUGAUUUUCUCUACCCAGGAGAGCCCGCAGGACUGGCUUAUGAUGUGGGUUUGCCUCUGAAACUCUUUGUAGAUUUCUUACUGAGGAGGAUUUUCCUGUCUGCCUUUCUCCUGAAAUAAUUUCGGGAACCAUCCCGGCAAGUCAGACCUCAGUAAUGCCUAUUCUGGUCCUCAUACCGCUAGUUGGCCUGUUUUUGGGUGCUUGGAAAAGGUGAGUGAAGUGGGCCGAGGUCUCAAAAGGUCUUCUCAGAAAACCCUCCCUGCACAUCCUCGUGGGCCGCUUUUGUCCUCAGGCCCUCCCUGGAUAGCCUCCGCUGCUCCCGGUUGUCUGACGGGUGGCUGACCCUCUGAUAAGACUGUUGCUGUGGCCAGGGUUUAGCCUUGAUAGGAAGGUAGCAGGAGGAAGGGCCGGGCAUGUGGGAACAGUCACUGUGAAGCAUCGUAGUAGCUGAAGGAGAGCAGUCUCCCAAGAUGUUUGGGACAAAGGCCACACGGGGCCCAGCACUUUGCCACAGAAGCCCCCUGUGCAUUCGCUAACCAGUGUUGCUCCCUCUUUGGAUUCUAGAGUGUGAGUGGCCUUGAACCUUGGCCCAGUGCUCUGUGCCAGGCCAGAGUCUGGGCUGUGCCAGAUGCUGGCAGCUUUCUACUGAGAAAACCCUUACUCCUGUGUGCUGGCACUGGAUCCAACCACUGAGGGAGGGAAGAGACCAGGCACCCUGCACAUGGGUUACUCAUCACCAGACCGGGUGAAUCUCAGAACUGGAGUCGACCACAAAUUCAGGUGCCUUAUGUGUGGCUCUGUCCCACGUGCUACUGGGAAAAGCUGCAUUGCCCUCCUUCCCUCCUCAUCUGUGGACAGACAUCAGUACUGCCUCCUUGCCUGGUUUCUCCUUAUGUCUCCUCUAGCAUAUUCGUGUGUGCAUACUGAGCUUCAGAACCACCCCUUCUCUAUUGGACAGUAGCCUAAUUGGGAGAUUUUCUACUAUUUGAUAUUUAAUUACUAUCUAGGAUGUGGUUUCUGGAGCUGUCCAGAGCUCUACUCAAUAGUGUCUUGGAAAUGUGUCCCAGGACAGACCACGCAGUGUGGACUAGUGGACUGUCUUUUCUAUGCAGUGUUAGCCUUUGCUAGGGGGAGCGCAGGGGAGCUAGGCAUGCUGGCUUGAGUCGGGCCGUGUCCUCCUCCCCAUUAGCUUGCCUUAGUCUCACUGGACCAUCUCGAGGUCAUAUGCUCCGUCUGUGUCCAGGAGGACAGGAGGACAGAGAUACACCAUCUGCUCCAGAAGGUCUGUCUGGUGUUCUGUACCUGGGAGUCCGGAUUCUUGUGUCUCAUUACUCAGGAAAUCUGGAGAAGCAUCACCACUCUGGGGGGUUAACCGGAGUGAGUUUGGAAUUCACGCUUUUGUACCUGACCUAGGGAAAGAAUUGGAAGUCCUCCUUUCUCUGAAAGUAGCCGAAGCCGUCAGAAGUUGAAUUGGGAGGCCAUGUUAGUAGGGAAUCGGGGCUGGUGAUAGCAGUUGUCUUGGGGGUGCUGCCGGGGGAGGGGAAAAGUGACCUGCAAGGGGACACCCUGCCUCCUGGUCAGAGCUGGCAUCUGGGUGGCAGUUCCUGGAGGGACGCAUUCCGGCAGCCUGGCAGGCCCACCCGGCGCCACGGGGCCAGAUGCCUGCACCUCUUCCUCUGCUAUCCUGCUCCUAUCCCUCCGCCUGGGAAUCUCCAGGAAGAGCAUCUCGCUUUUCCUUCAGAGCCUUGGGCUACGAUGCUCUUCUUGCUUCUUCAAAGAAGAUCCCUGUUGAUUUCAUUUUGUCCUAAAGAGCAAACAGAAGAAAUAACCAAUAAAAGUAGUUGUGGGCUAAAGUAGGCCACCCUGUCCUUAUGUGUUAGCUCAGUGAUCCCUGCGGAGAAGGCAGUUUUCAGGGGCCUGCAGAACUCCCCGAAGACACAUUCCAGCCUUUGGGCCAUCUGAUUCUCCAGCAGGGGCAGUGAUUUAGGGAAGGUGGGGCUCACUGUAGACUGGUGAUCCUUGAAAUGGCAGUGAUGGGUAAUCAUCGACCUAUUUUUCCAGUUGAAGUGGAAUUCAUUUCUGGGAUGCAUUUAAUAGGCUGUGUGUAAUGGACAAAUUGGGGGAGUCUUGCCUUAGUGUGUCCUGCCACCCCCAGUAGGCUCCCAGGGUACUCUUUUUUUUUUUUUUUCCCUCUGUCAAGUUACUUUCUUUUGGUGGCUCUUGUCACCACGAUGGCAGUGAGGUUUGGGGACUGGAGACAGUCUGUUCCCAGACCCACGGCAUAGAUUCCUCGCCAGGGCCUGAGGAUUCCUGAUGCAGAGGUGCUGCUGUAGCUGCCGUGAGCGCCUGGUCGUCCACUUGUCGUUUCCUCACAUUCCAUGUUACAGAACAUCUUUGCCAUAAAAAGGGUCUGGUGGAGGCGGAUUUACCCCUUGUUUUACAAAGGCUCAUUGAAGUUGUGAAAGUCUAUUUUUUUCCCCCUGUAAAUCUAUUUUUCACAGAAUAUAAGAAACAUCAAUGACCUGAUCUGUCCUUCCUCCUCUUUCCCCUUCACCUGAGAUCCUCAUUCCAGUUUGUAUUGUCUUUGUGUCCAAAGUAAACUAGGUGACUUAUUUGUACAAAAUGUUAUUUUGCCACAAGAGACAGUAAUAAAAGAUUUUCACAGUU